GUUUCUCGUGUCUUUCUGCUGGACUCGUCAUCGCAUCAGUCUGAUAAACACAGAAGUUGCACAUAACGCUUCGUUGUUGCUGAAUAAAAUAACGCUUCAUCUCGUCAAACACGCAGCGUUUCUGUUUAUCGCUCAGCGCCAUAAAAAAGAAAAAAAAACUUGGAACAUUCUCCCGUUUUUUUCUUUUUCUUUCUCUUUUGGGAGUCGCUUCAUGUCUGUUGGCCGAGAGAACACGUGUCGAGGGAAGCAUUGUGCUUUAAGAGCCCAUAAACGCUCUGGUGAACUUUACAUCAGGUUGGUGCAGCUUUUCGGUGUUUUAUUUCGUUUCAACCGUUGAGUUGGGUGGAACUCUCGCCUCUGACGUCACGCGUGUGGCCCCGCCCCCAUCAUCCCGUUCUCCAUAAUUACAUGUUCUGAACUUCGAGCUGCUUCCCCACCUGUCACUCACGGGUAACCAUGGCGACCCGAGGCCACGCCUCCAGCUCGUUAAUGAGCAACCACACCAAAGAGCGAGUGACCAUGGCCAAGGUCACGCUGGAGAACUUCUACAGCAACCUCAUAACACAACACGAGGAGAGGGAGAUGAGGCAGCAAAAACUGGAGAAGGUGAUGGAUGAGGAAGGACUGCCUGAUGAAGAGAAGCACAUGCGUCGCUCCCAACACGCUCGUAAGGAGACCGAGUUCCUGCGGCUGAAGAGAACCAGACUGGGUCUGGACGACUUCGAGUCGCUGAAGGUGAUUGGACGAGGAGCGUUUGGGGAGGUGCGUCUGGUCCAGAAGAAAGACACCGGACAUGUUUACGCCAUGAAGAUACUUCGUAAAGCCGACAUGCUGCAGAAAGAGCAGGUGGGUCAUAUCCGGGCGGAGCGGGACAUCCUGGUUCAGGCAGACAGUCUGUGGGUGGUCAAGAUGUUCUACAGUUUUCAAGACAAACUCAACCUUUACUUACUCAUGGAGUUCCUGCCCGGAGGAGACAUGAUGACGCUUCUGAUGAAGAAGGACACACUGACCGAGGAGGAGACGCAGUUUUACGUAGCUGAGACAGUUCUGGCCAUCGACUUCAUCCAUCAGCUGGGCUUCAUCCACCGAGACAUCAAACCAGACAACCUGCUGCUGGACUCCAAGGGUCACGUUAAGCUGUCUGAUUUCGGCUUGUGUACGGGACUCAAAAAGGCACAUCGAACCGAGUUUUAUCGCAACCUGAAGCACAGCCAAUCAAACGACCUCACGUUUCAGCACAUGAACUCGAAGAGGAAGGCCGAGACGUGGAAGAGAAACCGGAGGCAGCUGGCCUUCUCCACGGUGGGAACGCCGGACUACAUCGCGCCGGAGGUUUUCAUGCAGACCGGAUACAACAAGCUCUGUGAUUGGUGGAGUCUGGGCGUCAUCAUGUACGAGAUGCUGAUUGGCUACCCUCCGUUCUGCUCGGAGACUCCUCAGGAGACGUAUAAGAAGGUGAUGAGCUGGAGGGAGACGCUGGUGUUUCCUCCCGAGGUGCCGAUCUCGGAGCGAGCGAAGGCUCUGAUCCUGCGCUUCUGCUGUGAGGCGGAUCAUCGCAUCGGAGCAGCCGGCGUCGACGACAUCAAGAGGAACGGCUUCUUCGAGGGAGUGGACUACGACCACAUCAGAGAGAGACCCGCUGCCAUCCCCAUCGAGAUCAAGAGCAUCGACGACACGUCCAACUUCGACGAGUUCCCCGAGUCUGACAUCCUGCAGCCGUCCAGUCCUGCGGUGUCGAGCAGCCAUCACCCGGAGUCAGACCUCAAGAACAAGGACUGGGUCUUCAUCAACUACACCUACAAGCGCUUCGAGGGCCUGACGGCCAGAGGAGCCAUCCCUGCCUACAUGAAGAGCGCCAAACGAUGA